AUGACACAGACAGGAAAAUGCGAUAUUUGUCGCCAGAGAAAAGUUAAGUGCGAUGAAGAGAAGCCGAAGUGUGGUGCAUGUCGUAAGAAGGACCGGCCAUGCUCCUACUCCUACGGCAAGGCUUCUGCUUUCGUGGUGGAAGAUCCAAACCAAUUAACAAAGCACGGAAGGGCCAAGGUCGCACCCGUCAUUCACACACUUGAAGAUGCUGAGGAGAGUAUGCUUUCUUCUACAUCAACACCAUCCAACCUGCACGUGACGACCGAAAGAGACGCAGGAAAUGGCCAAGGAUUCUUCCAAACGCUUGCGCCUUUGUCAAAGAGAAAAGCCGCACUGUCAAGGAAGGCCGUGGCGCAACAGCGAAGAAAACUGGAGCUCUACAUACAGCACCUUCAGGCGGAAGCUGCUCUCUCGAUCAUCAAGCCGUCAUGUCCUGAGACCACGCUGAUAGCUCGAUACAUUAAUAUGGUUGGACCGGAGAAUGUAGACUACCAGCCGUUGUCUAUUUUGGGUACCUGGAUCCAGUCUAUCCCGUCUCGCAUCGGCUCCAACAGGAUGAUGGAUCUUGCAGUAGAAUUCUUCGUCAACAGCUUCGAUGUAUACUGGGAUGAUACCCACUCGAAGCGCAACCUGGCAAUUGCGAGCAAGGAGAAGGCACUGAAAGAGCUACAGCUUUUCGUCUUCAAUGCAAACAAUCGGCCCACUUACGAUGUUCUGCUAGCAACGAAGAUGCACUAUGCUGCUGAGGCAAUGCUUGGUCUUGACUCCAUGUACCACGCGAUACAUGCUUUUGGGCUAGCAGAGUUGCUCAAAUCUGGUGUGAUUGCGAGUGUCGAUGAUGAGUACUAUUGGAAUUUGAUUGAUAACACUUACAUUGAUGAUGUGAACGAAGCCAUGCUCGGCGGCCGUGAUUCCGUGUACGAUAACGACUUUUACCUGUCCACAACAUAUCCACCCCCCUUGUCUUCACACCAGAAUACGCUGUCCGCAUCACAGAGAGCAUCUAUGGUAAUCAUGCAUAUCUUCGUUCAGUGUCCUCGCUUCAACCGCGUGGUAAGACACGCGAUCGCAAACCAAGAUGAUACUGCAGCUCUCGUGGCGGCUGUCACACUGGCUGAGUCGCUUUGGCAACUUGAAGUCCCUGCUCAGGUUGCGCCGCUGCUUAGUGAAGCAGUGGCUCUGUCUCCUCGGCCUGUCAAUGGUCUCGCUGAUACAUUGGUCAAUUCCCUGCAGUUCUCCUCUGUUCAGAGUAUGGUACUUUGCACUCGGUAUUGGAUGCUGGUCUCUAUUCUCGGAGGUCUCAUCGAUACUCUAUACAGAUAUUUUCCGGCCGAGACAGAGCUGUCAAUGCUACCGGAUCGGUACGCAUUGCACAAGUUCGAGACGGAAGCGGCCACGAAGCUCGCAAUGUCCAUUCCGUGGGCCGACUCGCUGUCACAAAAGCUACCGCUUGUGCCUUUGCGCUUACAUACGCCGCUGCAGAUCUCCAUCGGACCAUGGCACCAACGCAUGAAGGCCUGGAUUAUCAGGGAGUGCAACCAGAUUCAUGAAAAAUGGGACGUCAGCGUCAUAUCGGAAGGACCACUGUUGGAAGCACUUAACACUAUGGCCGGUGAGAAGAUACCAGACUGGCUGCCAGUGCGCGUACGCUUUGAGGCGGAGGAUGGCGAUAUGGUCCUGAAGUUGGAGUACGAGAACAAAGAGGGCUCAUAUAAGGAUAGCUUUCAUAUCACCGAGAAUCCGCCAAGACGAGCGUGGGAAAAUCAGACGCUUGACUGGCUUAACAAAUCAGGCUUUGCGAUCAGUACUCCUAAGAAAGAAAUGCCAUACCGAGGCGAAUCUCACAAGGAUUCCUGGUAUGGAACUGAAAGGGCAGAGAGCAUGGAGCCACGAGAUGCUGCGAAUUUUGUACACGGCACUGGCAGGAACUUGUGUUCGUCAUCGGGAUGGUGGCCGACCAACGAUAAUGCAUCAACUAUACUUCUCGACAGCACGCACAAAGCGUCUGCAUUUUCGACCAUGCCGCACCCGAGCAGCACCGUCACUCAAGACGCAGCGGAACAUGUUGAUCGCCAUCCCUGUCUGGCGUCGAGCUUCUGGCCGCAAAUGUCAAACUCUAUGACGGCAUUGCUUGGUGGCUCGCCGAAAAAUCCAUGCCUUUCGCCAGCGUGGUCCGGCCCGCUCUUCUCUGCAUCGAAUGGGAACAGCACCAAUGCAGAAAGAAAUCGUCUCUCACCGGUGUAUCCUGACACGGAGCACUUCUCUUCUUCGCCACAGGCACAGGAAUGA